AUGAAGGCCAAUCGGAAGAAUAAUAACAUGUACCGUUAUCGCAGUGGUACAGUUAUUGGGAUAACGACAACAUACACCACAACAGAAUGGAGUGCCAGAACGUAUGAACUGGACCUUGCUGGAGAAGUUUCUAAGUCAUUAUUUAUAAUUCUAUGCAUUCUUCUUCUCUCCAUUUCUGCACAGAGCUACACUCGUCGUGCUCGCGCUCCUUGUAAGGAAAUGGUAUUUUAUUUUCACGACAUUGUUUAUAAUGGCAAAAAUUAUAAAAAUGCGACUUCAACCAUAAUUGGCGCGCCAGAAUGGGGCAAUAGGACCAUAAUGGCAAGUCCUAACAAUUUUGGGGACUUAAUUGUGUUUGAUGAUCCAAUUACACUAGACAAUAAUUUACACUCAACCCCAGUUGGAAGGGCACAAGGCAUGUAUUUUUACGAUCAAAUGGACACUUUUAGUUCUUGGCUUGGUUUCUCUUUUGUGUUUAAUAAUACAGAUUAUAAAGGAAGCUUGAAUUUUGCUGGCCAUGACCUUUUGAUGAACAAAACUAGGGACAUUUCAGUAAUUGGUGGAACUGGUGAUUUUUUAUGGCUAGAGGAAAUAGCCACUUUGAGCACUGAUGCAUUUGAAGGAAGUGUUUAUUUUCGACUUCGCGUUCACAUUAAGUUCUUAAGAAUUUCUGGAAUUUGGCGGAUUGAAUUGUUGUCCAUUGCUAUCGAGUUGCUCUCGUUUGGUCAUCGGUUUGUUGCUGUUAUGUUGCCGGAUCUCCUCGCCUAUUUCAGAAGCUUGCUUGUUGGUUUUCUUCAGUUAAUUUCGGCUGCUAGUUACUUUCGGUGCUACACCAGUGGUAGCGGUGAUAGCCCUUGUUGGUUUUUGGGUCGUGGUGUUUUUUGUGUUUUCAGGGAAAGUCUCAAAGUGGUUGGAGACAAGUUGGGCGCACGAGCACUAGCAAAGGAGAGCAACCUGGACGAGCGUCAGCAAAGGGCGGUGGGAAGCAGUGCGUGA